AUGAUCAACGCCGUGCUCGUCUUCAACAACAACGGCCAGCCCCGCCUGACCAGGUUCUACACCCAAAUCGACACAUUAACUAAACAAUCCCUGAUUGCCCAAAUAUACGACCUCGUCGCCCAGCGUCCCCCAACAGCCUGCAACUUCCUUCCCCUGCCUCCCAUCCUCGCUCGCGGUGCCAGCUCCGAAAGCACCGGCCCCUCCGAUGCGCCAGCCCAGAUCACCUACCGUACAUACGCAACUCUAUCAUUUAUCAUGAUUUCAACGUCUACAGAGUCCCCGCUGGCGCUUAUCGACCUCAUCCAGGUCUUUGUUGAGGCACUCGACCGCAUCUUCGAGAACGUGUGCGAGCUGGAUCUUAUUUUUGGAUUUGAGACGAUGCAUGCAGUAUUGAGUGAGAUGAUCGUGGGAGGUGUUGUGGUUGAAACGAAUAUCGAUAAGAUUGUCUCUGGGGUGCAGAGCCAGGAAGGGAAUCUGGGGAAGAGGAAGGCUAUACAGGCGGCUAGUUCUGGGCCUCCCAAGACCGGAAAGAAGACUGCCCCCCUCCCUUACCCCCAGGGCAAGGCUGGUUCUGGCAAGAAGGGCCCCAAGAACCCUCUCAUCGAGAGACGCCCCCGUAACUACGGUAUUGGCCAGGACAUCCAGCCCAAGCGCAACCUCGGCCGCUUCGUUAAGUGGCCCGAGUAUGUCCGCCUCCAGCGCCAGAAGAAGAUCCUGAACCUCCGCCUCAAGGUUCCUCCUUCCAUCGCUCAGUUCCAGAGCACCCUGGACCGCAACACCGCUGCCCAGGCCUUCAAGUUCCUCAACAAGUACCGCCCCGAGACUAAGGUUGAGAAGAAGGAGCGUCUUCACGCCGAGGCUACCGCUGUCGCCGACGGCAAGAAGAAGGAGGAUGUCAGCAAGAAGCCUUACAACGUCAAGUACGGUCUCAACCACGUUGUUGGCCUCGUUGAGAACAAGAAGGCCUCUCUUGUCCUGAUCGCCCACGAUGUCGACCCCAUUGAGUUGGUUGUCUUCCUUCCCGCUCUCUGCCGCAAGAUGGGUGUCCCAUACGCCAUCGUCAAGGGCAAGGCCCGUCUCGGUACCGUUGUCCACAAGAAGACCUCUGCUGUUCUCGCUGUCACCGAGGUCCGCUCUGAGGACAAGUCUGAGUUCACCAAGCUCCUCAGCGCCGUCAAGGAGGGUUACACCGACAAGUACGAGGAGUCCCGCCGCCACUGGGGUGGUGGUAUCAUGGGCGCCAAGGCCGUUGACCGCCAGGAGAAGAAGCGCAAGAUCGCUGAGGCCGCCGUCCGUGUCUAA